AUGCAAUUCUUACAGAGUUUAGCUAAAGGCUGUUGGAGACGAGAUCAACAGUGCCAAUGUUAUAACGUUAGCAAACAAUCCCUACCAACACCAAUUGAUAAUCAAGCUACAAUAUACAGAAGUGUACGCGGUAAUCCCUUACCAGCCAGACAUGAGGUUAAAGUCUCGAGACAGAAUUUUGUUUCUGAUGUGUAUGUUUUCACUUUGAAUGAGCUUAAAACAAUUACAAAAAACUUCAGAUUAGAUUUUCUAUUGGGGAAAGGAGGGUUUGGCAGAGUUUAUAAGGGUUUCAUUGACAACGAUAUGAAAAUAGGGCUUAAAGCUCAGUCUGUUGCUGUCAAGGUCCUUGAUCUAGAAGGUUGUCAGGGCCACAAAGAAUGGAUGGCAGAAGUCAUGUUUCUGGGACAGUCGAGUCAUCCUCAUUUGGUGAAACUUAUUGGGUAUUGCUGUGAAGGUAAACACAGACUGCUGGUUUAUGAGUUUAUGGCUAAUGGAUGUCUUGCAAGUCAUCUAUUUCGACAGACGCCUAUUUCACUGUCCUGGUCAAGUAGAAUGAAGAUUUUACUUGGGGCUGCUAAAGGAUUAGAUUUUCUUCAUUGUGCUGAGAACCCAGUCAUCUAUCGUGAUUUUAAGCCAUCAAAUAUUCUCCUUGAUAAUGAUUAUAUGGCGAAGCUUUCAGACUUUGGUCUUGCAAAAGAUGGGCCAAAAGGUAGCCAUUCUCAUGUUUCGACUCUUGCCAUGGGUACAUACGGUUAUGCAGAUCCUGUGUAUAUCGUUAGUGGCCAUCUGACAACUAAAAGUGACGUAUACAGCUUUGGCGUAGUAUUACUUGAAAUGCUCACUGGUAGACCGUCUAUUGAUCAGACAAGGCCUAGCACAGAACACAGCUUGGUUGAGUGGGCUUAUCCACUUCUUAACAACAAAAAGCACCUGUUACGGAUACUUGAUCCUACACUAGAGAAAGAAUUCUCUUUUAGACAAGCUCAGAAAGUUGCAAAUUUAGCCUAUCAAUGCCUGAGCCGAAAACGUCAACGUAGGCCACUCAUGAAGGAUGUGGUUGAAACAUUGGAGUUCCUUCAAAUUGUCGAUGAUAUGGCAAAUACAUCUUCCAUAUACACUGUGGGUAGUGGCUUAAUUAGAGAUGAUAAAGUUUAUGGUCAGCCAACCAAAAAUGAUAAUUUGGCAAAUAACUCUUAG